AUGGCGCCCUUACUAGGCGAUUGGGAUGGGUCAACCCUGUCAACCACUCCAAAUGACCCAUCCAAAAAUGUCUUGUAUGUCGAUGCAUAUGACUCAUUCUCAUAUAAUGUUGUUUCAAUGCUAGAAGAAACACUGGGGGUGAAAGUCACCGUGAUGACUAUCGACUCCGAAUGGCCCGAUGGCAAUAUGCACGAAUUUCUUCGCCAUUAUGAGGCCAUCGUUUUAGGACCUGGCCCGGGAAACCCCAACCUGCCGAAAGAUGUUGGCAUCAUGAGAGACAUCUGGAAUCUCCAAGAUGCCGAGCUGCUUCCGAUCUUCGGUAUUUGCCUGGGCUUCCAAAGUCUAUGCUUACACCACGGAGUUCCGAUUGAACGUCUCCCAUAUCCACUGCAUGGCCAGGUACAUCGCAUUUCAACCAGCUCUAGCGAUAUCUUCCGUGGUCUUUCGGAUAUAGAGGUGACGUUGUAUCACUCCCUCUAUGCCAACCUCGAUAAGUUGAGUCACGCUCAAGUCCCGUCUGUCGACGAUUUGGAAUUUUUAGCCUGGUUAUCUCUUGAGAAUAGUUCGGCUCGGAGGAAAAGAAUACCAAUGGCAGUUCGUCAUCGGCAAAAGCCUUUCUGGGGCGUUCAAUUCCAUCCCGAAUCUUGCAAAUCGGAAAAGGAGGCUUGCAAGCAGCUGCUCCAAAAUUGGUGGGCAAUGGCUCUCGCAUUCAACAAGAUUAUUGGUCGUGAAGCAUAUGGCGCUUUGCCUGAGACUAUCAUCACUCCUCAGGAUGAAACCAGCACCUUUCCUGAUAUCGCAUAUGAUAUGUUAAGAUGGAGCUCUUCGACUUCACCGGUCGCGGCCCAUCGGUCUUUUCAGCGAGGAGAUUGGACCGCAGAGACCAUCAGCGAGGCAUUUAACAAGCCGGGAUCUCCAACGGUGGUCUUUCAAUCAGACAGCCGAUAUAGCAUUGUCUCGAUUCCCAGUCCCAACUCUUGGCGAUUAGAAUACAGUGUGGAGCGGCAAAAGUUAACUUUGUACCAAUUAUCUGGUGAUUGCCAAAUACUUGAGAAGAGUCUAGCAGUGAUUCAGCUUUGGGAUGCCCUCCGAUACUUGAUGGAUAUGAAGAAGGUCAGCUCUGGCAGUAUGGAUAGUCCUUUCUGGGGUGGGUUCUUGGGCUACUUCUCCUACGAAUUGGGUCUCGCGUGUCUUCCUCAUUCUAAGGAAUCUGCACAAAAAUCUACAUCCAACGAGCCCCCAGUGGAAAAUUCAUCAGCUGGCCCACAUGUGGAGGACCUUCCAGAUGUCAGUCUGUUGUGGUGUGAAAGAAGCAUUGUCGUUGACAAUGAGACUGGCAAUGUUGUCGUGCAAUCUACACGCGUGUCAGAUGACCUGACAGGCAAUUGGCUCGAGGAGGCAUCACAGCUACUCAAAGGCCAAUCUCAAAACGUGGAAAAUACCGAAAAGUCCGAUUUGGAAUUUUUGGAUUCCAUCCUCCGUCAUGGUGUCAUCUCAUUCCCCGAAGAAAUGGAUUAUAAAGAGCGAAUUGCAGCCUGCAACGCCGAGUUGGAGGCAGGUGAGUCCUAUGAACUAUGUCUCACAGCCGAGACAUCCAUCAGUUUGCCAGUCGCUGCAACCGAAGCCGACCGCGCUGUGUUCCCCUGGAAGUUAUACAGGCGACUAAAGAAGUACAACCCUGCUAGAUAUAGUGGGUUCGCAACCUUAGGCUCAGUCAAAAUUGUGAGCAGUAGCCCGGAAUGUUUUCUCGACUGGGAUCGUGAGUUUACUCUUGAAAUGAAGCCUAUGAAAGGCACGGUCCGAAAGACACCGGACAUGACCCUUGCCCAGGCCAAAGAAAUACUAUCUUCAACGAAGGAAAUGGCCGAGAACCUCAUGAUUGCCGAUUUGAUCCGACACGAUUUAUAUGGUAUCUGUGGACCUGGUGGAGUCCAUGUUGAGAAACUGCUUGAAGUCGAAGACUAUGGACGUGUCUACUCCAUGAUCACUCAUGUCAAGGGCAAAAUUCGCCCUGAUCAACCAGGAUAUUCAGUUCGCCACAUUCCCCAAUUCAAGUCUUCUAACAUGGCCGUUCAUGGUCUCACGACUCUACAGCGCUGCCUGCCUCCAGGUUCCAUGACCGGUGCGCCCAAGGAGCGCUCAUGCAUGCACCUGAAAACCAUUGAAGGACGCAAGCGUGGAAUAUACUCCGGGGUCAUGGGCUACCUUGAUCUGGGUGGUGGUGGCAGCUUUGCGGUCAUGAUUCGAAUGGCCUUCACCUGCUCUACCGAUCAAGAUCAAGAGCAAAUUUGGCGAAUCGGUGCGGGUGGUGCCGUCACGACUCUCAGCACACCUGAGGGUGAAUGGCAGGAAAUGCUCACCAAGUUGCGUACUGUUGGCAACAUAUUCGCUCCUUUCGAAGGACAAUAG